AUGGAGCAAAUAAAGGAGACAUUUCGGAGAUGCAAGGAGGAGAAAAGAUCUGCUCUCGUGGCGUAUGUCACAGCGGGGUACCCCGAGGCCAGCGAGACGGUUGAUAUCAUCCUUGCUAUGGAAGAUGGAGGUGCAGACAUUAUCGAACUUGGAGUCCCAUUCACAGACCCGAUUGCUGAUGGUCCUACCAUCCAGCGCGCAAACACUCAGGCGCUUAAGAAUGGAGUCACCGUCACUUCUGUUCUUGAGAUGGUUAGAAUUGCUAGGAGGAAGGGACUCAAGGCCCCUGUGAUGAUGAUGGGAUACUAUAACCCUUUGCUACAGUAUGGUGAAGAGAGAAUGUUGAAGGAUGCCAAAGCCGCAGGAGUCAACGGUUUUAUCAUGGUUGACCUGCCGCCAGAAGAAGCCGUUCGAUUCAGAGAUUUGUGCAAAAAAGAAGGGCUCUCUUAUGUCCCGCUGAUUGCGCCGGCUACUUCCGAGGCCCGUAUGAAACUUCUCUGCGGAAUCGCCGACUCUUUCAUCUAUGUCGUCUCUAGAAUGGGUGUUACCGGUGCCACCGGAACAUUGAGCUCUGGAUUGCCCGAACUUUUGAAGCGAGUGCACACAUAUUCCGGAAACGUCCCUGCUGCUCUGGGAUUCGGCGUUAGCACAAGGGAACACUUCCUAGAAGUUCAGGGUAUCGCUGAGGGCGUUGUUAUCGGUAGUCAGAUGGUGACUGUCCUAGGCGACGCUGCCCCAGGAGAGCGGGCCCAGAAGAUCCGCGAAUACUGUUCGAGCAUCACAGGUCGAACUGUCCAGCGCGGCCCUGUCCCCGAAGCAGCCGAUGAGCCAGGUCUUGUAGACCAGCUCGAGGCUCUUAAUACCACCAAGAACCCUGCAGCUAUCCCUGCACAGUUCGGCGAAUUUGGAGGCCAGUUUGUUCCCGAGUCAUUGAUGGACUGCCUCGCUGAGCUGGAGGCUGGAUUCAACGAGGCCAAGAAUGACCCCAAAUUCUGGGAAGAGUACCGCUCUUACUACCCAUACAUGAGCCGUCCAAGCAGUCUUCAUCUUGCCGAGCGCCUGACUGAACAUGCCGGUGGAGCUAACAUCUAUCUCAAGCGAGAAGAUCUUAACCACACCGGCAGUCACAAAAUCAACAACGCCCUAGGCCAAGUCCUUCUUGCCCAUCGCCUUGGGAAGAAAAGAAUUAUUGCCGAAACUGGUGCCGGCCAGCAUGGUGUUGCUACCGCCACUGUCUGCGCCAAAUUCGGCAUGGAGUGUGUCAUUUACAUGGGAGCGGAGGAUGUUCGUCGCCAAGCUCUGAAUGUAUUCAGAAUAAAACUUCUCGGAGCCUCCGUUAUCCCUGUUGAGGCCGGAUCACGUACCCUCCGUGACGCGGUCAACGAAGCUUUGCGCGCUUGGGUCGUUCAUCUCGACACAACGCACUAUGUCAUCGGUUCAGCCAUUGGAGCUCAUCCUUUCCCAACCAUCGUCCGAACUUUCCAGUCAGUUAUUGGAGAAGAAACCAAAGCCCAGAUGAAAGAACUCACUGGCCGCCUGCCAGAUGCUGUUGUCGCUUGUGUUGGCGGUGGAAGCAACGCUGUGGGUAUGUUCUACCCCUUUUCCAAUGAUCCCAGCGUCAAACUCCUUGGCGUAGAAGCCGGGGGUGACGGAGUCGACACCGCGCGUCACUCAGCUACCCUUACAGGGGGCUCGAAGGGUGUGCUCCACGGCGUCCGAACAUACGUUCUUCAAAACGAACACGGCCAGAUCUCAGACACCCAUUCCAUUUCUGCUGGGUUGGAUUACCCCGGUGUUGGGCCGGAGUUAAGUAACUGGAAGGAUUCUGCUAGGGCCAAGUUCAUUGCUGCCACUGACGCACAGGCUCUAAUUGGAUUCAAGACCAUUUCGCAGCUGGAGGGUAUCAUUCCAGCCCUCGAGUCUUCACAUGCUGUUUACGGCGCAAUUGAGCUCGCUAAGACGAUGAAGAAGGGUGAGAACAUCGUGCUCAAUUUGAGUGGACGAGGCGACAAGGAUGUGCAGAGUGUUGCUGAUGCUUUGCCUGAACUUGGACCCAAGAUUGGCUGGGACCUGAGAUUCUAA